AUGACUAUCGAAUACUUCUUAGUCGCCGCCACUGGGUUUAAGGUGUCCGAGUUCUUUGCUCUGAUGGAGGUCUACGGCACGAAAGGUGUUAGCCUCCUUCCCUUACGGAUCCUGGAUGGUACUACCAGUAACGCAAAAUUGACUCGGAAUUGCAGAUUUGGCUCAAACGUGGUUUCGGCGCAUGGCUCCGCUAUCUUGCAGUCGCAGACUCAAUCUGUGCACAUAGCACUCUCCCUAGUAGCUCCGAUCAUCGAUGGCAGUGCGAGGACCAUUUCCGUCAAGGGGACUGCUGAAAACUGA